AUAUAUACCUUCAAGAGCUUCAGGUUUCACACAAAGCAAGCCUCAAACUUCCUCUGAAGUAAAAUACUAGAGCACAUCAUUUAGCCCAGGACUUCACAUUUUUGCCAAAAGUAGAAUGGAUAUAGUGAAGAGAUUGGGUUCAGAAAAGCCAGUGGUGAUCUUCAGCAAGAGCAACUGCUGCAUAUCCCAUGCUAUUCACAUGUUGAUAUGCAGCUUCGGGGCAAAUCCCACGGUUUAUGAGCUUGAUCAAUAUCCAGAAGGAAGGGACAUUGAGAAUGCAUUGCUAGCAUUAGGAUGCCAUCCAACUGUUCCUGCUGUUUUCAUAGGGAAACUACUUGUUGGUGGUUCUGAUGAGGUUAUGAACCUAAAUGUUCAGGGCAAGUUGAAGCCACUGCUUAUCAAGGCCAAUGCAAUAUGGAUGUAGAAGUCACAUAUAGAAUUUACCAUCGAACUGAAACUUUUCUUUCUUGUUUUGUCUUUUAAUUGAAGAAAGCCAUCUAAAGGCAAAUGUAGGUUUAGCAUGCACUCCUACCAGUCUUGUUAAGUUUCAGUAUUAACCGGUUUUGAGUCUUUAAAAUGUUAUAGUGGUCAUGGUAACUCAUAUUUAGGAGUCCAUGCCACUUGAUCGAUCCUUGUUUCUGUGACGUUUUAGUUCUAAAGUGACAAUGGAAAAGAAUUGAGUUCAGCCAA